CUCCCCGCCCGCCUGCGCCCGGCGUCCCCCGAGAGUGGGGGCUGCGCCCACGGGGCCAGACACCUGUUCAGCCCGGCCCGGCUGGUCGCCGGCGACCAGGAUGAAAGUGACCGUGUGCUUCGGCAGAACCAGCAUCGUGGUGCCCUGCAAGGAGGGCCAGCUGCACGUCCGCGAGCUCACGCAGCAGGCGCUGCAGCGGUACCUGAAGACGCGGGAGAAGGAUCCUGGCUACUGGGUGAAGAUUCAUCACUUAGAAUACACAGAUGGAGGAAUCCUGGAUCCAGAUGAUGUCUUGGCAGAUGUCGUUGAAGACAAAGAUAAGCUUAUUGCUGUGUUUGAAGAACAAGAACCUCUACACAAGAUUGAGAGCCCCAAUGGAAACCCUUCAGGUCGGCAGAGCCCAGAUGCCUUUGAGACAGAAGUGGCCGCCCAACUGGCUGUGUUUAAACCAAUCGGUGGGGAAAUCGAAGUAACUCCUUCUGCUCUGAAAUUAGGCACUCCUCUGCUGGUGAGGCGAAGCAGUGACCCAGCCCGGCCGCCUGCUGAUGCCCAGUCAAGCACUUCACACCCCAGUGGCCAGGGUCUGAAACCUGUUAUUCCAGAUUCCACACAGAAUGUAGAAGAGAGAGAAGUUAUAAAUGGUGUACAGACAGAACUACUGACAUCCCCCAAAUCUAAGGAUGCAUUGAGUGAUAUGACAAGAACAGUGGAGAUUUCUGGAGAAGGAGGCCCUUUGGGGAUACAUGUAGUGCCCUUCUUUUCUUCUCUGAGUGGAAGAAUUCUAGGACUCUUCAUCCGUGGCAUUGAAGAAAACAGCAGGUCCAAGCAAGAGGGUCUGUUUCACGAAAAUGAAUGUAUUGUAAAAAUCAACAAAGUGGACCUCACAGACAAAACCUUUGCUCAGGCUCAAGAUGUCUUCCGGCAGGCGAUGAAAUCUCCAAGUGUGCUCCUCUGUGUGCUUCCACCUCAAAACCGUGAACAGUAUGAAAAGUCGGUCAUUGCACCACUUAGCAUUUUUGGUAGCAAUGAUGGUGCUUUGAAAGCAAAAGUGCCAGCUUCCACCCCGGGAAAACCCGGACUAAAGACAGGAAGUCUCAUGGGAGCAAGCAGUCCUGAAGAAGAAACACCAACUUCCCUGCAGCAAAGCAAGAGCCCCCGAGUGCCAAGAGUACCUAGAAAGCCACCGUCUCCCUCACUCUCUCCUCUCAUGGGGUUUGGCAGUAAGAAAAGUGCAAAAAAAAUUAAGAUUGACCUAAAGAAAGGCCCUGAAGGACUUGGUUUCACUGUGGUUACCAGAGAUUCUUCCAUCCAUGGUCCUGGUCCCAUUUUUGUAAAAAACAUUUUACCAAAGGGAGCAGCAAUAAAAGAUGGUCGCCUGCAAUCGGGGGACAGAAUUUUGGAGGUGAAUGGCAGAGAUGUCACAGGUCGAACUCAGGAAGACCUCGUGGCCAUGCUGAGGAGCACUAAGCAGGGAGAGACAGCAUCACUGGUCAUCGCCCGCCAAGAAGGAACUUUUCUGCCCCGAGAGCUGAAAGGAGAACCUGACUGCUAUACACUUUCCCUGGAAACAGUUGAGCGACUCACCCUGGAGAUUCCCCUGAAUGAUUCAGGCUCUGCUGGUCUUGGUGUGAGCUUGAAAGGGAACAAAUCUCGAGAAACUGGAACAGACUUCGGUAUUUUCAUCAAAUCCAUCAUUCAUGGAGGUGCUGCUUUUAAGGAUGGUCGUCUGCGGAUGAAUGACCAGUUGAUUGCAGUGAAUGGUGAAUCUCUUUUGGGAAAGUCCAACCACGAAGCUAUGGAAACACUGAGGCGAUCAAUGUCUAUGGAAGGAAACAUACGAGGGAUGAUCCAGUUGGUGAUCCUGAGGAGGCCAGAAAGGCCAGUGGAGGAACCUGCAGAGUGUGGGACCCUCUCUAAGGCAUGCCUUGAGAACUGUCAAAACGCUGUAACCAUCUCCAGGAGAAAUGAGAAUAGUGUGUCGCAUCCGUUUGGCACUUACAAUCCACAUGACAAACAGAAAGAGCCAUUGCUGCCCAAUGACGGAUGGGCUGAGAGCGAAUUACCACCUUCACCAGCUCCACAUCCUGUUCUGGAAUUGGGCCUUGAAGAUUGCAGCCACAGCCCUGGGAUGGACUCAGCAGUAUAUUUUCCAGAUCAGCACAUCAACUUCAGAUGUGUGACACCAGCCAGACAGCCUGAACCGAUGAGUCUGAAAGCCUCAAAGAGCAUGGACCUUGUGCCAGAUGAAAGCAAAGUCCAUUCAUUGGCUGGACGCAGAUCUGAAUCUCCAAGCAAAGAUUUUGGUCCAACUUUGGGUUUGAAGAAAUCCAGUUCCUUGGAGAGCCUGCAGACUGCAGUUGCCGAGGUCAGGAAGAAUGAGCUUCCCUUCCACAGGCCACGGCCACACAUGAUUCGUGGUCGUGGCUGCAAUGAAAGCUUCCGAGCAGCCAUCGACAAGUCUUAUGAUGGACCCGAGGAACUGGAAGCUGACAGUCUGUCUGAUAAGAGCUCUCACUCUGGCCAAGGAGCUCAGAAUUGUGAAUCUGCCCCUCAGGGGCACUCUGAGCUAGAGGAUGUCGAGAAUAGAGCCAGGAAAAUUAAAAAAACAAAAGAGAAGGAGAAGAAGAAGGAAAAGGGCAAGACGAAAGCCAAGGAGAAAAAGCAGAAAGAGGAAAAUGGUGAUCCAGAAAGGAAAAUGAAGAGGAAAGGGUUCGGGGCCAUGCUGAGGUUUGGAAAGAAGAAAGAUGUUAAGGGCGGGAAAGCUGAGCAAAAAGGAACUCUGAAGCAUGGAGGCCUGAGAGAAGAGGAGCUGGAGAAAAUGAGAGAAGAACGGGAAAGUGGCCGCCCCGCAAGUGGAAGCGCUGACCGCAUCCAGCAGCUACGGAAGGAGUAUUAUCAGGCUCGGAGGGAAGGUUUCACUUUAUAUGAGGAUGACGAAGGACGAGCAAGGCCAUCUGAUUAUGAUCUUCACUGGGUGCCUGGAAAGGGUCCAGACGGGAACGCACACACCCUCCGCUUUGAGGGGAUGGAGAGGCAGUACGCGUCCUUACCCAGGGGAGGCCCAGGAGAGUCUGUAGACUACCUGACAGCAGCGCCUCGAGGACUCUACAAGGAACGGGAGCUUCCCUAUUAUCCAGGUGCUCAUCCUAUGCAUCUUCCCAAAGGAAGCUAUCCACGCCCCCCAGAUUUGAGGGUGGCAGAUCUCCGGUAUCCUCAGUACUACCCACCUCCGCCAGCCCCCCAGCACAAAGGACCCUUCCGUCAAGAUGUUCCACCUUCCCCUCCUCAGCACCACAGAGUACCAGCCUAUCAAGAAAUGGGCAGACCAGGACCCCGAGGGGGCAGCCCAGACCGGUACCUCUACCGAAGCCAGGACCCCCGGCAGAAGAACCCCAUGACCGCAGCCGUAUAGCUGAACACCGCCGAGCUCCACACAGUCCAGAAAGGACACUGUCUAGCAUCGCCUUUGCCCAUUCUGGACCUUAGGGCUAUCUUCCUGUUAAGAAUUCUUUGUGGUACAGAUUAGGAUUUCCUCACCAAGGUUGCAGCGUUUGACUGCUAGUCAGAGGGAAAAGGAAAGGACUAGAAUUUGGGAUGGAGGAGGGGCGGAUACAGAAGGAAAAAAUCUGGUCAUAAAAACAGCCUGAUAUCUGAUAUAAGUUUAGCAUUGUUCCACUCAGUGAAAAUGGUAGUUGAAAAGGCAAAUAACAAUGGAACUCUACCCCGGGUGCCUCCCCGGCUAGAUCACCUGCCACACCCUGCAGAAGGGGCAGCACGGAUAGUCUCUGCCCGAAUCAUCAUCCACUCUCAGGCUGAGCUCCAGCCACCUUACGAGUUGUUAAAUGUGAAAAGUGCCUGCAAACAUGGGCAUCUUAAGUGAGUCGUUUUUUUCAUUGAGAAAAAGGAAAAAACAACAGCAAACAUGACUAGUGAGCUCUUUGAAAUAUCUUGUACCCGAAGGAAGAUGACAUAUCUUUAUUUAUAAAAUUUCUCAGGUUCCCAGACCACAGAUUUGAUAUAUGCAUUUCCCAUAUUUCUUCCAUUUUUAUAUAAAAGCAAGAUGCAAAUGCAGUAUUAGCAUCCUGGGAGAAUGUGCAAAGCUAGUCAGUUUCCAGAAGGAAUCUGUUUCAAGGACCAAGGUGAUCAGGCGAAGAGAGCUGAAACUCCCUGGGUCCUCCUCACCGUCCUCCCUCCAUGUUCCAGGCACAAGAGCUUGGACAUACCUGGUUUCAGAGUCAUCCCCAAAUCUGCCUGUAAUUACCAUAACUGGGGGCUUGACUUUAGGCUCCCAGUGGAAGGCUAAAACGUAAUUGGGAAAAAGAGGGCCCUCUGGGUAGGUCACACAGGAAGCCAUGCUCUGGAGGUGUCAGUUCCAGACUCAGUGCCAAGCAGUGCCAUCUGCACUUGGGGACAGGGAGGGGCUGACUGUGGCCUCUGGAGAUUGAUCACCAGCAGGUAGUAGAGGGCAGAGGUCGUGUGGGAUGUGUGUGUGUGUGUAUGUGUGUGUAUACAUGUGGUUGCCAGUAUGGAGAAUGGAAGAUGAAAAGCUUUCUGGAAAGUUUGAGGAGGAAGGGAAUUUAAAAAAUAAAACAGAGGGAGGGAGAAGAAAUAUGAAACUAACUCAUUCUUUAUCUGCUGUAUUUAAGAAAAGUCAGGGCAUUACCAAUGGCCAGGUCUGCAGUUGAGAAGAUGACAGAGCUUUGAAAAGCUGAAACCCCACCUUCCAAAACCCAUCACAAUUUCUUUUGAGCUUUGCAGUUUUUUCUACUUAUUUUACAGAACUUCUAUAAUUUAUAAUCUGACCCAAACGAGAACACAAAACAAGAGACCAGGAAACACCAAACCUGGGGGCAGCAGUUUGAAUCACUCAGUGACCCUUGAAAUACUUUAAGCCUUUUCACAUUUGUGUUUCAAUCCCUCUCCCCAAAAAAGAAAGAAAGAAUUUUCAGUUCAAUGUAGACAUAUUUUAACUGGGAUUAGAAUACCUGUUUGUCAAGAUUUAACAAAUUAUAGUAUUAUUGAAUGCAUAGCAUCCACGCAGUAUCUAGUUUUGUCUUAUUUUUUAAUUUAAAAGAGAGUUCUGUUACCAAGAAUGAAGAAACUGCUGGUUUUAGACUUAAAUCAUGUCAUUUACUGGACUUUAAGAGGUAUCAUUUUCUAGUCUACAAUUUACUUACGGCCCUCUUGAAAAUUGACUGUCAAGUUGGUUUUUGUCCUGUCAUCUCUCCAAAGCCAGAUACCUUUAGACUGUUUGCAAUUUGUGAAAAAAGUUGAGGAUGCCAGACCGUGCUUAUCCAAAGGUGGCGUUCAGGUGAGCUAUAGGGGUUCCUGGCCAACAUGCUGAAAGCUGCAUUCCCCUCAAACUAAAAAAGAACCUUUGAGAAGAAAGCCAUCAGGUGGGAAAACAUAACUUCUUUUGAAGAAUUAAAAAUCAGUUCUUCAGUAUGAACCACAGUUCAACCAAAUUUCUGUAGAUUAUCUGACCCAGCCAAGUCAGAGGCUCCUUCUGGAUGAAGGCCAAGGCCACACAGGGACAGCCAGGAGGCGUAGUGGGAGGUGAGACACUCUGCGUGUGGGAGAAGAAUGGCCCCAGGAGAGAAUGCCUCUGUUGUCACCAUAACGGGCACCUGAAAGAGCACAGCACCUCCACACACAGGCUGGGGACCAGCUGCUGGAAGUGUGAUUUUGUAUUGUACACCCAGCCAAUGAAGCAGUGCCAAUCCUGGGGGCAUUAAAGGAGGCACCAAAUCGAUGACAGCAGUGUGCUUUUGUUGCUUGAAGUAUAACACAUGCCCCCUUUGACCCUGCCUGAAAGAAACCAAGCUGAUACGUGUGAUGCGGCUCCAUCAAGCCCAGCAACCAUUAAGAAUGGCUCAUACGUAAGCUCUAUACGUGUCCGCGUACCAACCCUCCGCUCAUCGCCACCCGGAGGUUACAGAUCUCUUCCAAGUAUUUUAGGAGAACAGGUGGUUUAGAGUAUUUAGAAGACCAGCAGGUGCCCAGCAGGGAAUAAGUUCCCAAUUCAUUUAUGACUUUCGAAAACCUCAAUUGAGUGUGCCCCUGUAGCUCAGGAUACUAACUGUCUCAGAGGAACAGAGUGGCACAGGGAGCUGUAGAUCCAACAACGCAUUCCCCUGCUUGCUGACCUGACUGGACAUGGCCAAGCCAUCACAGAGGCUCCUAAUGAUGUUUUGGCCGCAAGUCAAUAGAAUUUUAAGGAGCUCUGGUUUUGUCCCCUUCUGCAGGAGUACAGAGCUGAAGGUUGGAGGCCACCUAAAACUUUCACAUGCAAGAGAGCUCAGAGCUCUGCAAGGGAGAGAAGCCCAACCUAGCCACUGUGCUCUAACAAUAGCACUGCUUCCCUGUAAUAGCAAUGAAAAGCAACUCAAAGGAACAUUUUCUUAAAUCGUGACUGAGUAACUAACAAAAAAUAGGAAAAAACUACUGUGAAACUCAUUAUUCUUAGUUUUUAGAUCUACGUGCAUUGACACCCACAGGACAACGUGGAGCAGAUAUAACAAGAUUGUGGUGAGAUCCACAGACCCAUGGAGGGAAGUCUUCACACUGAUAUUUGAGACCUCAUUGUAGCUUUAUAUUUGCCACCAUCUAAGUAAAAUUAAAAGAUGAUUCAUUAAUCCAGAUUCUUGAACUUCCUGGACUAAACCAAGCUUCUGAAGGAAAUACAACUGACAACUUGAGGAGUUGUCAGUCAUGGAGCUAGUAUGCAGAGAGAUCAAACCUUGAAAGCAUGUUUAUUCUGCUAAACUGUAGCCAUAACAUUCAUUUUAUUUGGAAAAACAUCUUAGCAUUUCCAGGGAGCUAGAGUGCUCUGAAAAGUUUGGUAUGAAUAAGCAUGUGUGUCUGUACAGUCCCCAUUGGCAUUAAACUCUGAAAUCCACAAUGAACAGACUCAAAUCAGUGCUAAAUUGGUUAGACGCCCUCCUGCUUUCUGAGUCCAGGAGCAACAGAAAGUCAAGAUUUAGUGCAAUUAGGCAGAAGGGAGUUGAAUUCGGUAGCAUUUCUCUGCACUCCGAAUUCAGCACCAAUUUAGGUGAAAAUGAUAACUACAAUGAGACCAGAAAGAGGAGUCUCCAUGAGCUGUCCCUAUAAAGUCAGCUGCCUGAUAAAAAGGAGCAUGAGAGUCAGAUAUCUAAAGUAAGACAGAAUCUCAUAUGCAGCUACCACUUCUAAGUGAAACUCUUUCUCCUCCAUGUCUUUUAAUAGUAAUAGACUCACACUCACCCUGACUUUUAAGGCGAGCUUAACUACCAACCCUGAGUGAAGAGUGAACUAACCUUAAGACUGUCUCUUGACUGGGCUUUUUCGCAGAGUGUUCUGUUCCAUCUAAGCUGACUACAGUGUUGCUUACUCCUGAAACAGCAAAACAAAACCUGCUGUUUAUAUGGUCACUAUUUCCAGUGUUUUCCAGUGCUUUUGUGAUACCCAGUCUGUUCAUAGAUUCUGAAGAUAAAUUAUGUGAAAUCCUAUUUUGGCAUAUAAGGUGAACUUUUUAGGAUGUCCCAUUUGUACCACAGAAAACAUUUUGGAUGUUGUUAUAUAUGAAUAUAUAAAUUUUUCUGGUUUUAUUUUUCAUUGAAAUAAAGCUUUAUUC